AUGAGGGCACCAGAUGGUCCAUCGUUCUGUAGCAGCACCAAUGAAUUUUGCGGCCAGGAUGAAGAUCUGGAUGUAUAUGAUUAUGAGUGGGAGGAUGAGGUGGGGCUGGAUAUUCUGCUGGAAGAUAGCACACACCCAAGCUUUGUACCCUCUUGGUCGCAGGCCGCCAAUGCAGACAAACAUCCAAGUGAUGAACCUAUCAACACAAAUUCAGCUUGCCCGCAGCUGAGUUCGCCACCACACCAUAUUGAGACCUUCGGAGGACGCACAGGGGAACCUUUGGCAGGCUGCAAUGAGAAUUCAAAGUACACCACAUAUCAGGACAAUGUGUUUGGAGCAGCGGCCCAGAAUCCUUGGGCCCCAUUCACAUUGAAGGUCGAUUGGGAAAUAGCUCGGUGGGCAAAGCUGCGGGGCUCUGGGUUGACUGCCUUCUCUGACCUACUGGGUAUUGAGAAUGUUUGCAGUGUAUUAGGCUUGAGCUACAAGACAACUGAUGAGUUAAACAAGAUCAUUGAUAAGAAGAACUGA